GUCAUGUCAAACCUCCCUGUAUCGAUCGAGCCAGGCGCUCUACCACAUAUUUUGUAAGGAAACUGGCUGGAGUGGACGUGUUUUCUUCUUUCGACAACAUUACAACUUUGUUUGAUCGAUUCUCUUGCAUCCUUUGCUACCCUGGUCGUCAGAUCAUCGCAGCCGUCUGCGGCAGAUUUUCCCUCGAAGAGGAUUUCCACUGCGAUAAUUAGUGCCAAGGGUCGUGGCGCGCCGGCCGCGCCGCCUCGCCCCACUGCCCCCGCAUGGGCGCCACCCCUGAGGACUCCGGCGGCGAACUGAGCAGGUUCUUAAUGCUCCCCAGACAGAACAAACCCAACGCCUUGAAACUGAAUAGCGUGGCGAGACAGGCCAGCCGAUACUCCGCCAGAGACCCGCGGUUAAGACUGCCCACCGACUAAACACGCACAACCACUUACUGCCAGUAUUAAACACACACGGUACUAAUUUAGCUUAUAUAAUGGAGCUUGAUUUCAAUGAGGGUGAGGCUGCUAUCCUCAAGAAGACUAGGACACCGCCAAAAAGAGGCGUUCUUGUUAGAGACAAAACGAUAAGGGAGUCGCUGAUAUCAGAUUCCACGUCUGGUAUAGAGAAAGGAACGCCGGAAGAUGAUACGACUAGCGUCGGGAGCUACUCCCACUCUACUGCUUCCCCUGAUUUGGAGGAAGAGGUCACCGAAACUGUCGUAGCUACUGUCAUUGAACAAGGCCCGGAGAUCGCUAAUAAAGAUAAAAGUGGAACUAAAGUUCAAGCUACAAUUACAGAGAACCCGUCUUCAGAAGUGCAUGAUGGGGUGAAAUUUGCUGGACUUAGCGAUGUAGACAGUAUCUGUUCUAAUGAUGAGGAUGACCCUAUGAAACCUAAUAUCCCAGAUGGAGGUUGGGGUUGGAUCGUUGUAUUGUCAUCAUUUGUUAUUUCGAUGAUCGCUGACGGUAUAAGCUUUUCGUUCGGACUGCUCUACAUUGAGUUCUUAGAUGAAUUCCAGGCUAGUAAGUCCACUACGGCUUGGAUCGGAAGUCUGUUCAUAGCAGUUCCAUUAUUAUCUGGACCUAUAAUGAGUGCACUGGUGGACAGGUACGGGUGCAGAAGCAUGACGAUUUUGGGAGGAAUAAUAUCCACCUUGGGGUUUGUUCUUGCCUCAAUAUCUACAUCGCUGGAGAUGAUGAUGAUAACUUUUGGUGUGAUUGCCGGGUUGGGCCUCGGGCUGGUGUACGUUACGGCAGUGGUCUCGAUAGCUUACUGGUUCGACAAAAAACGCACAUUAGCCGUUGGAUUAGGUGCUUGUGGCACAGGAGUGGGAACCUUCGUAUACGCACCAAUGACUCAGUAUUUUAUUGAAGAAUUUGGAUGGAGGGGAGCUAUAUUGUUGCUCUCUGGAACCCUCCUGAAUCUCUGUGUCUGUGGCACUGUUAUGAGAGAUCCUGAAUGGUGGACUUUAGAACAAAAGAAGCAGGCUGAGUUGAGCAGGUCUAAGAACUCCAGUUCAGUUUCUGUAUCAAAUCGGUCUGGGGACGGGGAGUCCAUCUACCCAGGCAUGGAAGAACUCCGCCAGUUAAUGAAGAGUGGCCAACCACCCGACUAUAUUUUGACUCAACUAGCUGCUUCCAUAAAAAACGCCGAAAAUCUCGAGUCCACAACGCUAAUGAACGCUAACAUGAAGAGCAAAGGGAAUUCAUUAGUCCAUUUACCAACUUUUUUGAAGCAAAGUGAAAAGGUGCCAAUUGAAGUGCUGGAGGGUUUGGUGUCAAACAAACGACUCUACAACAUUAUUUUGGUCAACUAUCCUUCUCUUCUCAACAACUGUCGAAGCACGUCUGAGCACACCCUCCCAACGGAAACCUCAGAGGAAACUCACGCACAACCUGUUGUCUCUGUCAAACUAAAGGCUAUGGCACGAGAGAAAAGUUGCGAGAAAGAAACAGACGAUGUCACAGACGGACUACUCUCAGCCGAAACAAUGGAAAUGAAGGGGCCAGUGAAAAAGCAGGAUAGCAAAGGAGAGAAAAGAGAAUGGUUGAAGAAACAAUUUUCCGUAAACUACCACUACCUAAAAGACUUGAGAAUGCCAAAGAAUUCUAUAAUGCAUCGCAAUGCAAUGUUAAAUAUUUCUAAAUACAGAUUAAGAGCUUCUUCGUGUCCGAAUAUUUACAAGAACUCCAUGAUUACAAUUAAUGAGAAAGAAGAGAAAUGGUACACGUCCUGCCUCAGUUGCCUUGGUGAACUCCUCGACGUGUCCUUAUUCUUCGAGUGGCAUUUCUUCCUGCUCUGCUCUGGCACCAUCGUGCUGUUCGUGUGGUUCAUCGUGCCCUACUUCUACCUCGCCGAGCACAUGAUCCACCGGGGGUUCAAUGAGGACGAUGGCGCUGUCAUGCUGAGUCUUAUCGGGAUCACUAAUACUAUUGGGAUGGUGGGCCUCGGCUGGAUAGGCGACCGGCCGUGGAUCAGCGUGGGCGCUCUCUACUCCGUCUGCCUGGCUCUGUGCGGCGCCUGCGUGGCCGCCAUGCCGCCAGCAGCCGCCAACUUCUGGCUGCUAGCUGCCGUAUCCUGCACCUUCGGUCUGCUGUUCGCUGGAGCCUUCACGUUCACUCCGAGUCUGCUGGUGGAACUGGUGUCGUUGGAUCAGUUCACGUCGGCGUACGGACUGGUGUUGCUCGCGCAGGGUAUCGGCCAUUUGAUUGGGCCGCCGCUGUCAGGCUACAUCUACGACGUGACGUUCUCGUGGGAGCUGUCGUUCUACCUGUCCGGGGGCUGCAUCGUGCUCGCCGGAGCCCUGAUAGCGCUCAUCCCGAUGACCAGGAACUUCACCAUCUGCGGCCAGGGGCAGGGGCGGCGGCGGAACAGCGAGGUGGAUAGCUUGGCUUAGACCGGCUACCGUAUGCCACUACUGGACAUUAGCUGUCAACAACCAGGGCAGCGGGCGGCGCGAGCAGAAAGGCUAGUACGGGGAGCAUUUAAGACGUGACAUAAGUUUUGCAUGGCGCUCACACACAUCACGCAGCCUCAAGAGCGAGCGCGACGGGUAACCUUUGUCACGUCUUAACAGCGCCCCGUGCUACAGGGCCAGAGCAGUCUAAAUAUUACACUCACGUGCAAUGAAACAGUUCCAGUGACAAUAGCACCAAAUUACUCCUUAACGGAUAAGACUAGGUUAGUGAUGCCGUCUGAAAUAUGUUUGUUAAAUGUACAUUUAACAGCGCAUUAGAAUAUUAGUUACCAACAAAAAACGUAAAUAGUUUCAUCAAUGUUUAAAAGAAUUGGGGUCAUUUGGUGUCGAUAUUUUGUAAAAGGAACUUUUUCAUUGCUCGUGAGUGUAGUUUUAAAAUAAAGGUUAUACUUAAUCCACCAAUCGCAUGACGGUCAGUAGUAGUUUUGAAAAACACCUAGAAGAUAAGAUGCGAUACAAAAAAAUACACCUUAGGACAAUUAGGUAACUAAGUACUUAUUUUAAUUUUGCACCAUUGAAGUCUUUCUUACAGGGAUUUAAUAGUUACCGAAAUGGAAAACUGCCACAGUUAUACACAACACUAAAUAAACACUAGCACUUGUUAAAUUAAGUUUGAAUUAGAAAUGAUAAUACAUAUACCAAUGUAAUUAAUUAUAUAUCCUUUUAUAACAUAUGAUUAUGUAGCAAGGAACCCAUAUACCUAGGUAUACGAGAGAUGACACAAUGAUCCGGCGCCAACUAGGUAUGAUCUAAGAUCUAGCAUCUAGAACAAAACCUAGGUACUCUAGGUAGAGCUGGAAAAAGUUGCUUCAAGCUGGUUUGUCUAUGCCUAAUCGUUGUGUUGUUACUUACACAGAGUUGAUAUACUUACCUACCGUAAAUGACGAUGAUGUUGAUCUCACAUAAUUAGCAAGGAAAAGAGGUAAAGUCAGCAAAAUGCGAUAGUCAUAAAGUAUACUGCAUUGUGUGAAAUAUGCAUAAUAUAAUAAUAUAUUAUGUAAUCUUUACGCGAAGUUGUGUUGACUUUUCCCCGCACGGUCUAUGUAAAACCCCGCAUUAUGAAUGCAAAGAACUGAAAAAAAAUCAUCUUCGUUUGAGAAUACUACAAUAAGGGAUUGAUAAAACAAUGUCUUGAUUAACUAUUGUAUUUAAUAUUAUUUCUGAUAUAUAUUAUCUCUAUCCCUUUGAAGUUGACUAAUUAAUUACGGAUUAAACGAUCAAAAUCGUAAGAAAAUAUUGUUAUUGGAAGGAAACAUUACUAUGAGGCAUUGACGAGAUCGUAUUUUUUAUAGAAGAAAAUAGAAGAUUAGAGCUUUGUUAGAGAUAUUUUUAAUUAAACGUUUUGAUCUCAGUAUUUUACCAAACCUUGUACCGUCUAUUGUUAAAAUUGUAGUUAACUUUACUCUACACGUAUUUAUUGUAUAACGUUAAGAACUUAUUGUUAUUCCUAUUAUACAGCCACUAUAGCAAUACAUAUUUUCAAUAAAUUAAUAAAAUUUAUUAGUAUCCUA